AUGCAUAAAUACUACAUAUCGCUAUUACUGGUGCGCCUUGUACUGCCAGCAUCACUUCUACUUGGCAUAGCGCUCCGACCCUUCGGACUUUCUCUCAUAUAUCUACUGUUGUAUUUGAUAUCACCGUUCCCGCAUGUUCCUGAUGCUUCGACAAUCCAAGGAUGUCGUGGGAAAUGUCUUCAGCUCAAUUUCAUAGUUUCAAUCCUACUGUUGCUGGUACACGGAGCCUGGCACGGUAUAUUGGCCGGGUUUCCGCCUUAUGGCUCGCUGCUAGAACAAUAUCCCAUCAUACAGACUAUAGGAUAUAACCUUGGACUGGUAUCUUAUGUGGGCAUAGAACCACUUAUGGCCGUACAUUAUUUAGCUCCUGAACUGGUUGUUAUGCUGGCAUCUGUCUGUGUAUAUUUUAUUGUGCGAUCGUUACUUAUGAGCUCCCCAAGUGACGAAAUCGUCAGGAAGGACACGAAAUAUCAGCGUUUUCCUUUACUGACGAGUGCAGGAAAGUACAUGGCUCUCUUCCUUUUAAUGUUUUCUGGUAUAAUGCGACCGAGUGUGACAUCUGGUAUUUACUUCCUGGUGUUUAUGGGGGCGGCGACCGCCUGGGCUUUAGGGAAACCAUUGGAAAAGGGAUUCGCUGUUGUAAGCAGAUGUGUGAUGGCUAUCAUGGGGGUGCAUAUAGCAGUGCUGCUGGUGUAUCAGAGCACAUGGAUUAUAGAAAUCUACCCUCCAGAUAUGGAUAUGGCUAGAUAUUUCGGUCUCACGAAACUGGUAAUUCUAAACGAGACAGAAGCAAGUUUCACGUACGAAGUGACUGAUGACUAUAAGUGGGCGACAUUGGCUAGUCCAUUGGUCAUACUGUUUUCAUAUUUCUUCCUUGCCAUAGAGUCUCGCGAACUGUUUAAGCCGAAGGCGAGGAAAAAGAACCUUCUGUCUGGGCUAGAGGCGGGCAAGUUGAACGGGUCGUUGGUACGAGCGGUGUCAUUCAACCGCGGCAAUCGACCCUCAUCAAAAGAAAAAUGGAAAAAUGCUACAAAGAAAGUUCGCCUGUUGCGUGGCGCGAGUCCCAGCAAACGUUGGUCGGCGCGGGCUCUUCACCAGGACUCAACCGGCUCCGUGGUUGUACCUGAUGAAGAAUCCGUAACCGAAGUAGCAGAACCAACUCUGAUGGAUGACAUUAUUGCGGCCAUCGUGGAUUUCUUCCAAGUUCUCAUCAGAUCGUCCUACAUCGCCACAACUAUAACCAUGAUGGCUUGGAGUAUAAUGUUCCAUUCCUGGUUGACGUUUGUGUUCUUGAUGUGGGCUAACAUAGUGUGGCUAUGUCAGGACCAGCGAUCCUUCAUGCUGAGGACAAGUCCUGUACUCGUCCUCUACGCGAUGCUGUUGCUGGUAGCGCAGUAUAUAUAUGGAAUGAAUCUAACGGAGAGUGAAUUACCUAGCAAUAUAACGGAAGUGAACCUGCAUCAGAUAGGGUUGGGUCGUUCGUCGGGCGAGCCGUGCGUCACGUUGUUGAUCAAGUCCUUGUUCACGUGUAUGUUCUGGGUGACGCUCAGACAACGCGUCCAGGAGCUGAGGGCCAGGUCCGACCAGGGGGCGCCGCUGCAGCUCACCUCCUUGGGUUCAGAGGAGCGUCCAUCUCGUCUACUCAGCAUCAUAGGCGACUGUCUCCGCGCCGCGUGCGCCCGCUACUGGAUCUACGUUGUAGUCAUCAUGCUGUUCGUCAUCGGCAUCACCGGCGAGAGGAUGACCAUCUUCAGAAUCAUAUAUAUGUUCCUCUUCCUAGUCUUCAUACUGAUGUUCCAGAUAAGCUGGUACUGGUGGCGUCGCCUGAUGUACGUGUUCUGGAUCACAGUCAUCAUAUACUCGAUGAUCAAUCUCAUACUGAUUUACAUAUAUCAGUUCGACAACUUCUCUAAGACUAUUGAAACAUAUCUUCUUAUCAACGAGCGACUGCAACACGAUUUAGGUCUAGAGCCAUAUCACCCAGCAGAUUUGUUCGUGAAGCUUUUGACGCCGACUCUGUUCCUGAUCAUAACUAUAAUGCAAGUUCACUACUUCCAUAAAGACUUCAUGGCGCUGUCAGAUCCGAAGACAAGGACGAAUAGUAUCGCUAAGGAUCCGGGUUCGAGUAGACCGAGUCAGGGCGGCAUUUCGACACAAAGAGAUGAUGUGCCCCCCCUCCCGUUGGAAGCCGGUCCUGCUGAAGCUGCUGCUACUGCUGCCGCUUCUCCUACUGGUGCUGCUGCUGCCGGUCCAUCAGACGAGCGUCGUCCGAACAGCGACACCGAGCCUGACCACUCCAUAGACACAGCCUCGGGCAACGCUACCGCUAGACGUUCUAUCUUUAGGAACCGUAACCGGUCGUACACCAACGCAUCUGAAUCCGGCGUGGUGGGUGCAGCUCGCGCCAUCAUCAGCCGUCGCGUGCUCACGGUGAGGCGGAACAUGUCCCGGGCCGUUGACCUCGUGUUCACUCUACUCGACCUUCAUCUACUCAAGAUCAUAUUCCUCUCCCUGAUGCUGCUCUGUGUCUUUAAUGUGUCAGCGAUGCAUGUGCCGAUAAUGCUGAUAAUAUCACCAGCGCUGCUGCUGAGCGGCAGGAAGCAGCGUCUGUGUGUACUCUUCAUAUCGAUACUUAUCAGCGUGUACUUCAUGGCGAAGAUGGUGUAUCAGAUAGAAUAUAUUAAACAUUCAUACUUUGAUGUUAACUGUACCAGAACGACCGAGAACGACACCUUGAAUGUGACUACAUACAACAACGCUGAGUGGGUGGGCUUCCGUAAAACGUCACAGACGAAACCUUUAGUCAGUUUGCUCCAAGGAUACAUCGGUUUGAUAGCCGUGUUCACCUUCUACUCGCUCGUCACAUACAGACAGAAGAACAUUAGAGAUCUAGGCUUGAUGCCGGGUCAUAACGAGAAGAUUAUGUUCCCGGAAGUGACGCGAAAGGAGGCGGAUAAGGACCUACUACACUGUUUAAAGUAUUUCGUAAAUUAUGGCUUUUACAAAUUCGGCGUCGAGAUGACUCUAAUAUGUCUGAUGGGUGUGAUCGGUUCCCGUAUGGACGUGUACGCGGCGGUGUAUGCCGGCUGGCUGCUCGUCCUGGCGGCGGCUGGUCGAGCUCGUCUGUGUUCCCUGUGGUCGUCCUUCACAGCCACAGUCACCGUGCUCGUGAUGCUCCAGUACCUCAUCGCUGUUGGAUUCAUGCCGAACUUCUGUGUCCAGUAUCCAUGGAGCGGGAAUGAUCAGCAAAUGAAGCAUAUCAGGACGUGGUUGUUCCUGCCCUACACGGACGAACCUCCUCACGCCGUCAAACUGGUCUUUGAUUACUUCCUACUAUUGUUCGCUUCCCGUCAGCUGAGAGUGUUCCGACUGGAGAAGAGUCAGGGCGACUCAUACCCCGGGGGCAGCAACAGCGAGGAUGUUGGCAAAGAUUGGGAGACUGCUAACUUUGUGAACCCCGUACCAGACUUUUUGGGUUACGUUGGGUCGUGGCUGGACGUCCUCAAGCGCAUGAUAUUCCUGGGCAUGCUGUGGGUGACGCUCGCCAUCAUGUUCAUGACGGGCACCAACAGGGUCAACCUGUUCUCUAUGGGAUAUUUAAUAGGCUCCUUCAUCUUCCUCUGGCAAGGAACAGACUUCUAUCUACGACCGAAGGAAGCGAUAUUGCAAUGGUGGUCUUGGUUGCUUCGUUACAAUGUAGCCGUGGUGGCUAUCAAGGCUCUCCUACAGAUCCCGGGCUGUAUGUUCGCGGCGGCCAUGCAGGAGCACGCCUGCUGGCUCGUGCAGCUACUAGGGAUAGGAUGUGUGGAUAAAUUCGCUGGCGGGAACAUAGCGAGAUUCCUCAAGAUGCAGUACGAAAAGGACUCUGCUUGUUCAGUGCCACAAGAAGAUAUAGGUUUAGCGUGGGAUGGCGUGUGUUUUGCCUUCUUGAUUCUUCAAAGAAGAUUAUUCCACAGUUACUAUUUUUAUAGGGUCAUAGAUGAAAGCAAAGCUACCACAGUCCUAGCUUCUAGAGGAGCGGAGUUGAUUGAAGAACUGAGACAAAAACAAAUGAAUGUGCAGGAAGAGCAGGAAGUCAAGAUUUUAGAAAAAAUUAAGGUGAAAAUGGAAAGGAUAAAAGCCAACCAGAAAAAAAUACAAGGAGUAAUGUCUAAGGAACCCGUCCAUCAUGAUGCCGUUACUUCAAAUGCAAUCGAAUCGAUAGAAGAGGAGGAUGAGGAGGAGGAAGAGGAGGAGGAGGAGACCCAGCCCGGGGAGACGGAACAGAUACCGCUAGUGAGGGGAGACUCGGAGGAGUCCCGCCGCGGGUACCACACGCCCACACCGGCCACCCCGCGAGGCUUCCACACUCCUAUAAGCGAGCCGUCCGCCCCUCCCUCCCCUGUCCGUCAUACCCUGCCCCCCUCCCUCCCCCUGGGUGCUCCCAGCUCCCAGGGCGGUCCCCCCUCCCCAUCCUCGGCUCUGAUGACGGUCUCGUUGGACGCAUACCUCGAACCCAGACGCAUAUCGUUCGAGUCCCCGCCGUCAUCAGAGCUGCUCCCCCGUGCUCAGUCCCCCGAGGAGUCGUAUCCUGUGUUCUCCCCGCCCCCUAUCCGUCGUCGUCACACAGUGGCCAGCCCCAGCCUCCUACAGCGGACCUCCAUCAUAUCUCACUCGAGCCGAGCGGAACCGAACUCACACCAUACUUCUGUCAGAUCUGGAGACUACUACAUGUUUGACGAGUUCGAUGACACUGACAUCCACUUGAAGGACGACGAAUCAAGCUCGGAUGAAGAUGCACCCAAAGAAAUGGGUUUCGGCAAGUUGGUGUCGGCGGUGAUCAAGACGGACGUUCGGCGCGCGGUGUCGCUCCGUCGGGCUUCGAUGCCGGCGGUGCGGUCGAGGCGACCCUCGCGCCCGUCCUCCGCUACUUAUCCCUUCUCUUUCCCGCAACAGGCGAGUCCUCCAUCUCCCCGCGCUCAGAGUGUUCGUGAGACCGAUGUGGACAUCCGUCUAGACUCAGACCGUGACCGGCCCGCGGUCGGCCCGGACAUCGACGACUACGCCCCACCACCUGAAACUUGGAUGGACAAAUUGAAAGGCUUCUUGGACACAGCGGGCGCGUUCGUGAGAAGCAUUCUGGUCUCACUAACGAGACAUCUGAUGAAGUAUUCAAGAGACUACAGAUACGUGUCACGAACACUGUCCGUCGAAAAGAAAAGGCUUAAGGAAAAGGAAGGUUUCGGAAUCGGUUUGAGGGAAGGUUCACAAAUGAUAUGGGAGCCAUUACCAGAGACGUUGUUACAUCACCGUAAGUUAAGCGAAUUAAGCGUUCCGGAAAUCCGGAUCUUGGCGGCGAGUGCGGAGGGACUGGACGAGUCGCCCGACCAGUCGACCGAUCGAUCGACCGACUCGGACGACACGUCCGAACACGAGAGCGCGUUUAGCUUACAGACUACCGGAAGUAAGGACGUGACGACCCUAGAGGAACAAGACGACUCAAUGUUUAAACAGGAGAAGUCUCCUAUACUCCACCUCACAUACGCGUUGUGGUACGCUAUAUUAGCGCACACGGACAUCGUCUGUUACAUCAUGGUGUUUAUAAACCAGAUACAAUCAGCGACAAUUCUCUCUAUCCCACUUCCUCUUAUGGUGUUUCUAUGGGGAACUUUGACAAUACCACGUCCGACCAAAACGUUCUGGGUCACACUCAUAGCUUACACAGAGGUGAUUGUCUUGAUUAAAAGCAUGUUCCAAUUCGAAAUACUCCCGUGGAAUCAGAAGGCCAUACCGGCAAAUAUGCCGUUCACAGCGCCACGGAUUAUUGGUAUUGAGAGGAAGUACAACUACGCCCUCUACGAUCUCUUGCUGCUUCUAAUUAUCUUCUUACAUAGGUUCAUGUUGAAGUCGCUCGGUCUAUGGAAGGAGUCGACUCCAGAGGCUGAAGUUCGUGAGGACAUGGAGUACCGACUAGGACCAGAGGAUACGAGGAUGUUGGUAGAGGGACGCGGAGCUGAGGUGGGGAGGAAGUAUCUACAUAUACACGACCGACCACUACGUAUACAACAUUCAGUACACGAAGUGCGUCGGGAAGACAGGAGGCCUAACGCCAUCUCUCCUCCCCAAACGACGGAGUCACAACCACAAACCCAAAGCCAAUCCCUUCCUCACCACCGCCUACAAUCCCAACCUCUUACCGACAACCCUGACUCCCAACCCCAAAACGAAACCAGCAUGAUGGGGUCGAUAAUGAGAUAUCUGCGAUCAUACACCGACUGGGCGUAUCGGAGUACAGAGGAUAGGAUGUCCCAUAUGACCGGAAGAGACACAGCGGCCGCUGACCGCGCGGAUAAUGAACAGGAACCGGGCACCUCCAAGAUGGCGGACGACGAACAUUACAAAGUGAACGACGACCAAGAGCCGAUCAUAGCUGUGACUACGACGGUGGAGGACACAUACAGUCACUACCCAGAUGUUAUAGUACUAUCUAUGAAGCGCUACCUCCGGCCUACGAUGCACUUCUUCCAGCGUAUGUUGACCCCCGGCGCUCGCGUCACGGCGGAUAUAUACGCUUACAUGUUCCUAUGUGACUUCUUUAACUUCCUCGUCGUUAUAUUCGGAUUCGCCGCUUUUGGGACACAUCAAGGUGACGGCGGUGUCCAAGCGUAUUUAGAGGAGAACAAGGUCCCUAUACCGUUCCUGGUGAUGUUGAUCCUACAGUUCGCUCUCAUCGUGAUAGACCGCGCGCUGUACCUGCGGAAGUUCAUGUUGGGGAAAAUACUGUUCCAGUAUGGACUCAUCAUCGGCGUUCAUAUUUGGAUGUUCUUUGUAUUACCGUUCAUCACUGAGAGGACCUUCAACGCCCUUCUGCCUCCUCCCAUGUGGUACAUGAUGAAGUGCAUCUACUUGUUGCUGUCCGCGUAUCAGAUCCGCUGCGGGUACCCUCGCCGCAUCAUCGGCAACUUCUUGUGCAAAUCCUACCAUUUCCUUAACAUGAUCUGCUUCAGAGGCUUCAUGGCAGUACCAUUCUUAUUUGAGCUCCGCACAUUAAUGGACUGGAUCUGGACGGACACCUCCAUGACGCUCAUGGACUGGCUCAAGAUGGAGGAUAUAUUUGCUAGUGUUUUCCUUCUUAAGUGUUCUCGUUACGUGGAGGACGAGUUCCCUCAGCCUCGCGGCGCCAAGAAGUCAGCGACCUCCAAAUAUCUAUUGGGCGGCGGAGUGCUAGCUUUCGUCAUCGCAAUCAUAUGGUUCCCGUUGGUUUUCUUCGCUUUCGGCAACUCCGUCGGUCAACCGAACCCGCCAACUGAUGUCACCGUUAAGAUCAGAAUAGGCCCCUUCCUCCCCGUGUACCAGAUGUCUGCGCAGUCACAUAACAUCGACGUUUACACAGAGCAAGACUACACUCAGCUGAGUAACCACUACGCCCGCGACCGUAACGCACAGACGUUCCUCUCCAACUAUAUGUACAACGACGUAGCGGUGGUCACCAUCAACCCUAACUCUACCAUGAAGUGGCAGAUCUCACCACCGGAACUGGCGCGGCUGGAGCGGGAGGCUGUGUCCAACGCAUCCCUGAUGGUGAAGUUCACGUACGUGAUAACACAUCCGAGCAACAACGCGGAGAACCCUCCCACCAUGGAGAGCAACAGGGAGGUGCCGCUGGACGCGUACAUACACGGGGUCCGCAACACGGAGCGGGACACGCUGCUGCAGCUGCUGGCCGGCACCGCGCCCCCCGACACAUGGUUGAACGUGAAAACUUUAUUUCCUAAGUUCGUCAAAGUGUUCAACAAGGGGACGACGAAGCCGGCGUAUCAGCUGAUGCCGCCGAUAUCCGGAACUGAGGACGACGACGCCCGCUUCUACCGGAACGUGCAGCUGAGACUGGAACGAGAGAAAGAUGUCAUGUACUGGCGCGUCAGAGAAGCCUGCGAGCCAAGGGACUUCCUCGCAGCCAUCCCCAUGAACAACUGUGACAUGUUGGUCAUGUACACUUUCAACGACAAACUGUUCCCUGAAACAUUGAACUUUAUAUCUGGGGGAGGUAUAAUCGGUCUGUACACGACGUUCGUGUUCCUGGCGUCGCGGGUGCUGCGCGGGUUCUUCUCCGGGAUCUACACCAAGAUCAUGUUCGACGACCUGCCCAACGUGGACCGCGUGCUGCAGCUGUGUCUCGACAUAUACCUGGUACGAGAGGCGUUGGAAUUGUCUCUGGAAGAGGAUCUGUUCGCGAAGUUGGUGUUCCUGUAUCGAUCACCGGAGACUAUGAUAAAGUGGAGUCGACCCAAGGAAGACGAACAAGAACAAAGGGCACUGCCGGCGCCGCAGUGA